GGCAGGAACGGAAGCAUCACAAAGGCCUCGCCAGCUGGAGCUCAAAGCCACCAUGAGGUCUCAGGAGAACGGAACAGGAGGAGAGGAACCACUAGCAGAGACCAGGACUGGAGAAGAAGAGCAGACGAUACAGAAAAACACCCAGGAGGAGCCACAGAAGCAUGGAGAUCCGGGUGGAAGAGAGGACGAGCCUCCAGGCGAGGAUGAUGUGGUGUGUGACUCGUGCAUUGAGAGCCCACGCCGGGCGAAGAAGUCGUGCCUGACCUGCCUGGUGUCGUACUGCGAGGCCCACCUGAGGCCCCACCUGGAGAAUGCGAAGUUCCAGAGCCACAGGCUGGUGGAGCCUCUGAGGGACGUAGAGACUCGCAUGUGUGAAACCCACGACUCCCAGCUCGAGCUGUACUGCUGCGUGGACGCCUGCUGUGUGUGUCAGGAGUGUGUAUCAGGGGAACACCAAGGACACGACACACUGCCCAUCACAAACGCACGCCGCAAGAUUGAGAAAGAGCUCCAGGAGAAGCAGACCGAGGUGACAAAGACAGUAACAGCAGCAGAAAACUCUGCCAACAAUCUACAGAGCAACAUUCUGGCUGUAGAGGCGUGUGUCCAGGACAUCCGUGCUGUGCUGCAGCAGCAGUUCUCCGCGCUGCAGGCGGCUGUGGAGCAGGUCCGAGCUGAGCUGCACGAGGCGCUGGAGGCCGAGCAGCAGCACACUGUCGCUCAGGCCCAGGGCAUCCGGCAGCACCUGGAGCAGCACUGCGCUGAGCUGAAGAAGACACACACACACCUGGAGAAAAUCACCAAGAACAAGAACGACGUAGACUUCCUCCAGGAGUACUCUCAGUGGAAGAAGAGCAGCCGUGACGUGUGUGUGCCUGCAGUGUCUGUCAGCCUGACGGACCACCUGCAGUCCUUCAGCCGCAUCAUCACAGACACCACCCAGCAGCUGUGUGACAGCGUGCUCACCUCCUACCGCAGCACCCUCAAACAGGCCUGCUUAAACGACAAAACGACGCCCACAGGUCAGGACAUCAGCGCCCUGAAGCAGAAUAUAAACCUGCCAGAGCCGAAGAGCAGAGAGGACUUCCUCAAGUAUGCCGCCCCGCUGACUUUCGACUCCAGCACGGCGCAUCAGUUCCUGCGUCUGACGGAGGACGGGAAGAAGGUGACCAACACCACACCGUGGCAGCAUGGCUACCCGGAGUGCCCAGAGCGAUUUCUGCACUGGAAGCAGGUGCUGGCCAUGCAGAGCUUCUACCAGGGCCGGCAUUACUUUGAGGUGGACAUCAGCGGCGAAGGCGUUCAUGUUGGAGUGACUAGCGAGAGCAUUGUGCGUCAGAGUGCCAACAAUGAUGGCUGCCUGACGGGCCACGGCGCCUCCUGGUGUCUGCAGUGGAACGGCCGGGGGUUCUCCGCCUGGCACGAGGGACAGGAAACACCCAUCAGCGCCCCAAAGUCCACCCGGCUGGGUGUCUAUCUGGAUUUUGCCGGGAGUUCUCUGGCCUUCUAUGCGGUGAACGGAGGAGUGACUCUGCUGCACCAGUACCAGGCCGAGCUGAAGGAGCCGCUGUACCCCGCCUGCUGGCUGCCCAAGAAGGAGAACGUGGUGCUGCUGGUGAUGCCGGGACAAGAGAUGCCGCUGAAAAGCCCCUCCCCACCCUGCUCUCCACCAUAAAGAGCGCACCUUUAUUGUUGUAGUAAUAUAGGGGUGGACAGUAUGAAGAUAUGGCGUCAUUAUUAUGAUGAACUGCAUCACAAUAUGCUUUUGUGAAUGUAUGAUAGGUAUGAUCAAUAUUCAUAGAUCACGGAUUGUGAAAAACAGCACGAACAGCAUAUUAACAAGUAGGGAUGUUAGCACAUUAUGCUAAUAAUUAUGCUAAUUAUCUUAUUUUGUUAACUUAUUUUACUGCCUUAUUGUUGGAGAUCACAAAUUCCUUCCCUGGUGAUGCCAAAGCCAUCCGUAAGUGGGAGUACUGAGGUCCGUAGGAGGUCAUUACUGUGUUCUCUCUCUCUCUCUGGGUGGGUAGGAUGGUCCUUCCUGUUCCCCCAACACUCAGCAUGAUGCCAGCCAACUUGGCUAAUAAAAUUAGCAGUUAGCAUUAGCAGCAGUUUGAAAGCACGUGCUAGCCUUCACCAUCCCAGUUUGGUAGCAAUGUGUGACUGAGGAAGACCUAGCUAAUUGGCUAAUGAGUGGAAUUGGAAACGCUAAAAUUUGGGAGAAAAAAUUGGAUAAAAAGCAAAACAAAACUCAUUUCAAUCAUGUUUUUUCACAGUAUUUUUUAAAUAUGCUACGCUAUUUCGCUUGCGCAUUUCUGUCCAUUCCAACUUGUUUUAUUCAUGAUACAUUUACACCUUUAAUGUAAAUGAGAAUCAUCAUAAAAAGGUUUUUGAAUGCUGUGAUUUUAUAUUUCACCAUGCUGCCCACCCUUACGUUCCCUGGCCACUUUAGCAGAAACCCCUCUUUUGUAGUUCCACAUUGCUGGUGUACAGUUAAAGACUGGGGAUCAUCUGUAGAUCUACAGUUUAUGUUGGUCAUCUGUGAUUUAUACAAACACAGAGGUCUUCAUUGAAUUUUCCAUAUAGAUUUAUAUGAUCAGUAUAUUUAAUACAGUACAGUGUAUCAUUUCAUUUCCGUCAAAAUAUCCACCGACAAAAACACGCCUUGGCUUUGGAAGUGUAGUGUUAGAGCGCGUGACACAGUGUCUGAGUGCUCUCUGAGUGCUGUGUUAGCUUAUGUCCUAUGACUGAAUGCUUUACCCUAAUACAAAUAGUGCAUGUGUAAUAAAUGCUGUGCCUUGUUUCUUAAAUAAACUCCUCCAGGUACAGUAAA